AUGCCGAACCUCGAUUGCCGGAUGUACGAGGCGCGCCUCCCGGAGGUGGACGAGGCGGUGAUGAUCCAGGUGCGGCGCAUCGUCGACACGGGCGUCUACGUCGCCCUCCUCGAGUACAACAACAUCGAGGGCCUCAUCCCCCAGACCGAGCUCUCCCGCCGCCGCAUCCGCUCCAUCGCCUCCCUCGUCAGGAUCGGCCGCCAGGAGACCGCCAUCGUCCUCCGCGUCGACCACGACAAGGGCUACGUCGACCUCUCCAAGCGCCGCGUCUCCGACCAGGAGGCGCGCACCUGCGAGGACCGCUACAACAAGGCCAAGCUCGUGCACUCCAUCAUGCGCCACGUCGCCGACACCGUCGACCUCGACCUCGAGACCAUCUACGAACGCGUCGCCUGGCCGCUCUACCGCAACUACGGGCACGCCUUCGACGCCUUCAAGCUCAUCGCCGCGGACCCCGACGUCAUCCUCGACCCACUCACCUACCACGAGGAGGAGACUGGCCCCGAUGGCGAGCAGGUGACUAAGGUCGUGCCAGCUGUCACCCUUGAGGUUAAGGAAGCCCUGGUCAAGGACAUUAGGAGGAGAAUGAUUUCACAAGAACUCAAGAUUCGCGCGGACGUUGAGAUGAAAUGCUUUCAGUUUGAUGGUGUGCUCCACAUUAAGGAAGCCAUGAGAAGAGCUGAAGCUGCUGGAACUGAGGAUUGCCCUGUGAAGAUGAAGCUGGUCGCUGCUCCACUAUAUGUUCUUACAACGCAAACCCUUGACAAGGAACAAGGCAUCUUGGUUCUUACCAAUGCAAUCAAAGCUUGCUCUGAGGUGAUUGAAGGUCACGGUGGGAGAUUGGUGGUGAAGGAAGCACCUAGAACGGUGAGCGAGACAGAAGACAACCUGUUCCUGGAUAGCAUUGCGAAGCUGAAUAUAGCCGGUGAUGGUGACCAGAGUAGCGAAGAGGAGGAAGACACAGGCAUGGGCGCCCAGUGAGAGUUCCUUCCUAUGUUGAUGAGACUUGACUGUACAGCACGGGCAUGGCGGGUGUCAGGUUCAGGGGGGGGUGUUGGUUCCUCUUGGGCGUUGCAAAGCUUUGGCUUGUUUUUGUUGGAUGGUGGAUGUUAGACGUGAAAAGUUUGCUAGGCUAAUUACCUUACCUGUUGUGGUCUUGACAAAAUGUU